AAUUCCUGUCAGUUGGAUAAGUGAAGGACAUAUUUAUUUGUUUACAGCACAAUAAUGUAACAAUUAUAAUAUCUUUUUUCUACAUUAAAAAUUAAAUAUGAAUGUACAAAUAAAAUCAAAAGAUGAUCAACUGUAUAGACCACCCCCAGGGUAUGCAUUAGGUAAAUCAGCUCCAGUAAGUACUAGACCGCAUAGUGUUGAUUUAAAAAAACAGCCAGGUAAAUCAGGUGAUAUUGAACAAUUGGAUGUUGAAGCCUUAUGUAAAGCAAUCAGUUCUGCAAGAUUAAAAAGUUUACGCAUGAAACAAAAUGUUAUGGAAGCAUUUAUGCGUAAACUUUUACAAUCAAUGAAAGAAUUAAAAGAAAUUGAGCAAAAGAAAGGUAAAUCAGCUUUACUAGAUAAACAAAGACGCUUAAAAUUAACAAGAAUGCUACAAAUUCUAAUGUUACAACGACGUAAUUUACAAUUACAAACAGAUACAUUACAACGAGGAAUUAUCAUAUUGAGUAAAAAGUAUUCAAAUAUACGUAAGCGUGUAGAUUGUCUCAUUUCCGAGAAUACAUUAUUAUACAAAGAUUGUAAUCAAUUAAAAAGUGAUAAUGAAUUUAAAACAAUUCAAAUAGACAAUUUAUUACAAAAUAAAUCAAUUUUACAAAAACAAAUGGAAAGUCAUACGACACUUAAAAUACAGGAAGAAAAUAUACAAUAUGAAUUAAAGCGUGUAAAAGUUGAAAAUGAAAAUUUGAAAGAUGCAUUAAAACAAUUAGAAAUCUUGUUAAGAAACAAAGUACAAGAACGUGAAGAUUUAGAAUUAAGAAAUAUACAAUUACAACAAGAAAUUGAUAGUAGAAAUGCUGAAGAAACAAAUAUACGGGUUAGAAAUGAACGUCUAAUGAGUGAAAAUCAAUUAUUACGACAAAAAUUAACUCAUUAUCAAGCUGAACGAACUGAUGUCAGUUUAUUAAAUCUUGAAGCUGAUAAAAUUCGUGAAAAAUUUACACAUUUACAAAGAGAAUAUUUAAAACUUCAACAUCUUUAUACUGUUGAAACUGAAACAAGAAAAAUAUUACACAACCAGUUACAAGAAGUUCGUGGAAACUUGAAAGUUUUAUGCAGAUGUCGUCCAUCGACUAAUUUAAAUGAUUCAUAUGUACUAAGAUUUCACUCACUUGAUCGAAUUAUUGUAUCAACUACUACCUAUCCAAAUGUAGCUACGUAUCAACGUCAAACAAGUAUUGAGCUAACGAAUAUGUGUAUUCCAAAAGAGGAAACAUUUACAUUUAAUCGUGUUUUUCGUCCAAGUGCUACACAAAUUGAUGUAUUCGAAGAAAUAAGAGCACUAAUAGCUUCAUGUAUUGAUGGUUAUAAUGUCUGUAUCAUGGCAUAUGGUCCAACAGGUUCAGGUAAGACAUACACAAUGCAAGGUCUACCUAAAGAUCCUGGUGUUAGUGUUCGAGCAGUUACCGAGUUAUUUGAAUUAUGUCAACCUUUACAAAGUAUCUGGAAAGUACAAGUCAGUAUGGCAAUGCUCGAAAUACACAAUGAAGUUGUUUACGAUCUACUCGGUGAGCAAAUAAAACCAGUUAAAUUAUCUGACGAUGGUGUAGAUAUUCGAUUAAUUGAAGCUGAAGAGAAAAUUGCAACCAAUGAACAUGAUAUGAUCUGUUGGAUAGCUAAAGGUAAUAAAAGACGCAAGGUAACAGCGACCAAAUUGAAUGUUGAAUCAUCACGUUCACAUCAUAUCAUACGUUUACAGCUUACAUUAUGCAACAACUUCGAUAAAACAAAGCGUCAUUCAUCGUUAAUUCUAUGUGAUCUCGCUGGAUCAGAGAGUGCAGACAGAAUCGAAGCUAGCGGUGAGGUGCACGCGGAAACUGGAUACAUCAAUAAGUCACUUGUCACACUGACACGCGUUUUCGAAGCACAUCGACGUCGUAAUCAAUCACUUCGACCUGGUGUAUAUAACAGCCAUCUCGUUACAGCGCCUUACCGUGAUUCCAAACUUACACAUAUACUAAAACCAUGCUUAGGUGGACAAGCUAAGUGUGUCUUAAUAAUUACAGUCUCUGGAGAACCAGGUUUAAUUGAUAGGAAUAUUAGAGCUUUAGAGUUUGGGCAAAAAGCAAUGCAAAUAUCUCUGGGAGCCGCACAUCCUAACGAAAAAAUCCUGACCAGUUGGUUCGGCAAAACACGUGUCAAAAGCACUGAACCGAAUCCACGCCAUGUAAAUUAAACAAGACCUAGGAGAGAAAGGAAUACAACACACUUACUAACAACACUGGUGAUGAGAAAACUAUGAUAUAUUACCAUUAAAUCCUAGCAUUCUUAACCAAAACAAACAAGUCACAGCACUUUAUCAGCUUCUCUGUGUACAUAAUAGGAAGCAGUAACUUCAAGAUGUGAUACUGACACCAUCAACAAUGUCAAGGAUAAAUAUUUGCCUCAAAAUUGGCAAACAACUCCAACAGAUUGAGAACAAACUUUUAUCUCACAUUAACAAGAAAUAGUUUUCAUCAUCAAUGCCAAAAAUCAAUACAAACCUCUAGGAAAUUAAAAUAUAUUUCCUUUUUUGAGUUCAUGAAAAACCAAAGUUAUUCAUUUUUACGGGGAAUAUGUAUCAUUCGAAAAGUAAAAUACUUAUUUAUUCACACAUGUACGUUCAGAAAUAUUAUGUGGGUAUAUAACGACAUACUCGAAUAAACUUUUAUUUGAUAGAUCAUAUGAUAUUUUUACAAUGUGUAAAUAAAGCUUUCAGCAAAACACUCGUCUUCACUAUAUAUUCCUCCCACGAUAAAGGUGAUUCAUUCGAUUUAUUUUCGUCUCAGUAACAAAAUUGUCAACAGUUGAUUCAUCGAAAUUCAUUUAACGUGUAAUUUUGACUAUCAAAGUUUAUGAUCUUUGUAAAAUAAGAAAAGAUAAUAGUUGAGUGAAUCUAUGUCACAGUUCAACAACAGGAUAAUUCGAACUGAUUUUCCUUGGCUAAGUAUUCAAAAUUUAUCCCUCUCUUUGUAAAAUGUAGACGGUAUAAAAAUAAUGUUUGUUAUCGUUAAACCGAGUUAUUGAAGUUUUAAAGAAUCCUUGUUACAUUAGUCAUCCAGCUGUGUAUCAUAAACUCUGAUUCUUAAUAAUAAUAAUAAUGAUA